AUGGGAAGAGAACGACCGUUUCUCGUUCGACGACUCCGACCGUUUCGAGGAGGACUCGCUGUGCAGCUUCAGCAGCGAGCAUGAGUCGCUCUGCAAUAACUGGAGAGGAUGGAGACGACCCGCAGCAACGUUCGGCAUGUCCAAGAAGCCUUACGAGGACGGACAACUGGUGCCAACUUUGUGCGAGCUCGCAGCACGAUGCGUCGCCUCUCAUAUCCCCUUCGAGCUGGUGGAGCACUUCUACCCACCGGUACCGGAACAGCUCCAGCUGCGCAUCGCCUUCUGGAGCUUUCCCGACAACGAAGAGGAUAUACGCCUCUACUCAUGCCUGGCGAAUGGCAGCGCCGACGAGUUCCUUCGCGGAGAACAUCUAUUCCGUUCCAGAAGCGUGAAGGAACCUUUGCAAAUCGGAUUCCAUCUGAACGCCAGCGUGAACCCGCAAAUGGUACCGAACGGCGUGCGACCUCAGUUCAACGUUGCCGUGACCUUCGAUCGACGGAAAAUCACGUCGUGCAAUUGCACCUGCUCCUCAACGGCCUACUGGUGUGCGCAUGUGGUAGCCGUAUGCCUACACAGGAUACACAUGCCAACGCAAGUAUGUCUAAGGGCACCGGUCAGCGAGUCUCUGUCGAGAUUACAUCGGGAACAACUACAAAAGUUUGCCCAGUAUCUCAUCAGCGAAUUACCGCAGCAGAUUUUACCUACUGCUCAACGGCUGCUGGACGAGCUACUGUCGAUGCAACCAAGCGCUAUCAACAUUUACUGCGGAGCGCCCGACCCGACCGCAGGAGCCUCCACUCACGAUCAAACGUCCUGGUACUUAGACGAGAAAACGUUGCACGAUAACAUAAAGAAGAUCCUCAUAAAGUUCUGCGUUCCCGCUCCUAUCGUGUUCAGUGACGUUAAUUAUCUAAGCACCACUGCGCCACCCGCCGCUGCUGAAUGGGCCUCGUUGCUUCGACCACUUAGAGGCCGCGAACCAGAGGGGAUGUGGAACCUUCUCUCUAUUGUGCGUGAGAUGUUCAAGCGGAAUGACCGUAACGCCAUACCUCUUCUGGAGAUCAUCACGGAGGAGUGCAUGGCCUGCGAGCAGAUCCUCGUUUGGUGGUUCAACACCAAGGUCGCGUUACUCAACGGCACCGGAUACGGUGGCAAACAUAAUAUGAACAGCAACGUCCACGCUUCUCAGCACGCGUGCUCAUCCCUCUGCGACGAAAUCGUUGUGCUAUGGCGAUUAGCCUCGUUGAAUCCCGGCCUCUCACCAGCGGAGCGCGAGAUGUUGCAUGCUCAGUUUAUGACUUGGCACUUGAAGAUUAUAGACAAAGUCACCAAAAGCCGUGGCAGUUCUGUGUCGCACAAUUCGCACAAUAGAAACAACAGCGGUAUGCAGAAGGAUUCCCUGAAACAUGAUGUCGCGGUUUUCACGGGAUUCAAACCGGCACUUGAGGCUUGCUACCUGGAUUGGGAUGAGUACAUUUUACCUGGGAUCACCUACACUGCUGGUAGUAAUCCCAUGUAUCAUUGUCCUUUCACCUGUUUCCGACAUGUUGGUGACACGAGAACGGAGGUGAAUCAGGUCAAUUCCAGUUCGGCUGUAUUGAAUUAUCAACCACCGAUCUCGCAUCAUCACAGUCGACGGCCGUUGAACGUCGGUCUGGUCGAAUUUAGUUAUUUGGACAGACGACGAUUGAAUCCCCGAGAAUUCUCGAUGUGCUCGAGAAACGCAGGUGGCGGCGGCGACGGAAAUCGCAGCAGCGUUAGUUCCGAAGGUUUCUGUGAGAAUGACACCGACAUUCCUGACAUAACGGAAACUCAAGUCGUGCUCGUCAGCCAAGGUUGCGCUCAGCUGACCAACUGUGGCGACACCGACUCGCAGGAGGGAGGUGGCAGCGAGUCGUCUUCUAAUUGCAAUGUCAGCUUGAAGGAUGCUCAAGACUCGGACAAUCCCCGCUCAAACGCAUCGUCCGAGAUAAAUAGUGAUAGUAACGACAGUAGUAAUAACAAAGUCGUUUGUGAGAUUGACUGUAGUAGUAUGAAUCUCCCGGAGAAUUGCGACAAGUCGCACGUGCAUGUCUCUAAAAACACCACCGUCAAGAGUGAACAAGAAUCUGAUCAAGAGAAAGAAGCCAGACGGCCGUUCAAGGACGAGAAUCUCUCGUCCAGCAGUGAUGGUCACUCCGGCGAUGAAUAUCAUGUAUAUUAUUAUGAUCCGAAGACCGUGACCAGCAGCAGUGGUUUGCCAAGCAAAUACGUGAAAAGCAAUACCCACACCACGACUAUUCCGGACGCUAGUACAGUUUUAGAUAAUUUGAAGAAGAUCGAGGACCCAUGGGACAUACUGUUCUCGCGGGCGGAAGGACUCUACGCUCACGGUCACACGAGAGAGGCUUGUAUUCUUGGGGUACAGCUAGCCGAGGAACUCUUGGCUAAUCCGCCCGACCUCAUGAUCGAGGGACCGCCAGCGCCGGUGAAGAGCAAACGGAAAAAGCAACACGUGAAUCCGGCGUCUCACCAGUUAACGUGUCUCGCGUCGGCGACUCUGGCGAAAUGCGGAUUCUUAUGCACUGUAUUGGCCGAGAAUCCGGAACAUCACAAUCUGGCGUUUCGCGUGGGCCUCUUCGGCUUAGAAAUGGCCAGGCCGCCGGCAAACACGAAACCGUUGGAGGUCAAGUUGGCUCAUCAAGAGAGCGAAUUAGUAGUGUUAUUAAAAAGAAUUCCCUUAGGACCGGCGGAAUUAGCUAUGAUACGACAGAGAGCAGAACAGUUAAGGGACGGUGUUAUGCGAUCGAGAGGACACGCACUCUUGCCCAUCAUGCUAGCUAGUUUCAUAUAUGACGCGCUUGACGUACCAAGUCAAUCAAUCAGGUCAAUCUAUAAGGUUGAUAGAAAAAUUAAGAUGGAAUGCUUCUUAGGAGUGAAAUUGCCGGCAGAGAUCGAUCCGAAUCUCGGAUUUGACGCGGCCGUAGCUGUCUUGGGAUUAAAGGCGAAUGUGAGCGAAGCGGAUCAUCCACUUCUUUGCGAAGGAACACGUAGACAGAGAGGGGAGUUGGCUAUUACUUUACUCGUUCAUUACAAAGACGAUCCUGUCAAAUUGGCUAGAAUCAUGGACAAAUUACUCGACCGAGAUGUGCAUCAACUAAUCAAAUCACCCAUUCUCAGUAGCUAUUAUACCUCCAAUCCACCUACUAAAAGCGAGAUGUCAAGAUGUGUUCACGAUGAUGAACGCUCGUCGCCUCUUGCCGGGACGGAUAACGGUGGGAAUGCUGAUAAUAUCGUCGGCGGUAGCAGUAGACCUCACAGCAGCACCAGCGCAGAGCUAGAGAGUGGUAUGAGUGCGCUGACUAUACAACCGCAGAUUGUUCAGCCAUCUGUGCCUAUUAGAACUAAAGAACGAUAUAAGAGUAAAAGAGUAUAUCCGUCUAUUCCCAACCAGCCGUCGGAAGCGAGCGCACAUUUCAUGUGUGAACUUGCUAAAACAGUCCUGGCGAAGGCUGGUGGCACCAGCUCCACUUCAUUGUUCCAUCAACCAUCCACCAGUCAGAAUCAUCAUGGUCCGCAUAGAGCGCUUCACAUGUGCGCUUUUCAACUUGGCUUAUAUUCCCUCGGUCUGCAUAAUUGUGUCAGUCCAAAUUGGCUCAGUCGCACAUACUCGAGUCACGUAUCCUGGAUAACAGGCCAGGCGAUGGAAAUCGGAGCCCCAGCUAUCUGGUUCCUCAUCGAUAGCUGGGAAGGCCACUUGACACCACCGGAGGCUGCAAGUAUAGCCGAUAAGUCUUCGAGAGGAAGCGACCCGAAUAUGGUCAGAGCGGCGGCAGAGCUCGCUUUAUCUUGUUUACCGCACGCACACGCUCUCAACCCCAAUGAAAUCCAGAGAGCUAUAUCUCAAUGUAAGGAGCAGAGUGAAACUAUGUUGGAGAAAGCCUGCAUCACAGUGGAAAACACCGCGAAAGGUGGUGGUGUUUACCCAGAAGUGCUUUUCCAAGUGGCAAAGUAUUGGUACGAGUUGUUUCUCCGGCGAAAUCCUGGCGGUGACCAGCAGGAUGAAGUUCCACAUGAUCCUUUGCAAUUGGAUCUCAAUGGGGUACUGUUAGUUGAACCGGGGCCUCCCGUGGAUUUACCGAAUAACCAAAUGAUGCCGGGGCCGACUCAAGCAGUUGUUGUGACUAGCACGCAACCCCCACCUCAGCCGUACUCCGCUCAUCCAACAAUUACAACUUUGGCACCUUUAGGAGUCGGCAUGCCGUACGCAGUAGGCCCCUUCAGUUUUGUACAUCCUCACCACUCUAUCGCCACAUUCAGCGGCCCAAUGCCGUCUCAUCGUGUCACUCUGCCGCCAGCGCCUCCGCACAUGCAGAUGUACCACGCGUUCCCACCUCAUCCGGGACAUCCUCAGCAUCCGCAACAUCCCCCACAUCCUCAUCAUCCACCUCCGCCCGCACCACCACCACCUGGGCCACAGUAUUACACUGCACAGCCUCCACCGACGCCAGGAGCUCAUCACUUAUAUCCUAUGCCGGUUAAUGUUCAAGCGGGAGUAGCUGGUCCUCUCCCAGGACAGAAUACCUUACCCGGGCCGCCGUUGGUCCAAACACAACCUAUAAUAUCGACUGUAAGAACUCAACCUCAGGUGCAUAGGCAAAAUCAACCGUUCAGUCAGCAACAUUUGCGGACACUCGUCUCUGCCUAUCGUGUGGGAAUGUUAGCUUUAGAGACUUUGGCUCGUAGAGUACACGACGACCGACCUCAGGCUAAGUAUGCUCGAAAUCCACCGUAUGGCGAAGAUGUCAAAUUCCUGCUCAGAGUCGCGAAGCGUCUCGGUACACAAUAUAUGCAUCAGCUCUGUAUCUGCGCUGUGAACAGUAUCGUCAGUCCCUUCGUUCUCCAUCAUGUCGCUCUGGAAGCGGCUCAAUAUCUUGCUAGAAACAAUCCGGCGCUCAUUUUGCAGCACUUGAGAUCUGCCUUAUUGGCGCCGCUAGUACACAAGUGCCAACAGAUGUAUAUUCAGUGUAUGCAUCAAAAAUUGUAUCACUUAACGUCUAGCGAUUACGAAGAGUUCGCUAGUGUUGUAUGCGCGGCCCGGGCUGCUUUCCAGAUCAAUCCUGAAGGAAAUACUCAGUUCAAAGAGUGGCUGCAAUCCAUUAAAAGAUCUCAAUCCUGCAAUAAAGAAUUGUGGACGCAGAUUAACACGGCGCUACAACAAACCGGCAAAUGACACAGAAUCGAGCCAGCCGCGACGUGGCUCACCUCCCUUCCUCCUCAUCAUCCCCAACCUCCACCACCGCCGCCGCCGCCGCCACCACCACCACCUACGACCACAACUCUCGUGUUGCAGCACCAACACCCCUGUCACUCCCAUCCACAGAGCGUCGUAUGCGUUCACGGACUGGCCCUCAACCCUACUCUCAACAAGUAUGCUUGGGACAAGAUCUCGAUACCGUGCAUCGUCGAGGAAGUGACGCAUCAAUUGGCGCCUCCUCCUCAACAUCAGAUGAUGGCCGGUAUGCCGGGACCGUCCGCGUGGCAAGAACCAACUGACGGCCGUGGUUCUCAAGGGAUCAAUCCCAGAGACGCUCGAGAUAUAUUUUAAGUUUAGUUAAUGUAUUUAGAUCACAAAGUAUUUUAGUUAAGCGUAUAUAACUUCGAGGAUGAGUUAGGUUAGAUUAGGUAUCACUAAGUCAGCAGUUAAGUAUAACAGCAGCCGUGAGUAUAAGUUUUAGAUAUAUACGAUUCUCUAAAAUCUAUAUAGAGAUGAUGAUGAACGCGCGCCACUGAUCUAUAGAAGCAUCUUUUUGCAUAAAGUGAUAUAUGUGUAUUAUAUUAACGGCCAAGAAUCAAAAUUUACGUAUGGACUUGGACUCAUGUUAGACACGCAAGGGAAUCGUUGGUCGGAUCAUUUCUUUCAUUAUCUUUCUAGCCGUGAUUAGAUAGUGAAUUUAAUUUUCAUUUAUAGGUAGAGAAUUAAUUAUUCUCCCGUGUUGUUUUAUUUUUGUAAACAAAUUUCGAGUAUUAAUAUCGUCUAUUUAUAUAUAACGAUCGUAGGAUCAGAUCCGUAUGUAAGUAAAGUUUACUUAACGUUACGCCAAAAUUUUUAUAUAGAAGCGAAUUUUUUUUAAUUUUCUUCUAGUGGCGCUUUAGCGUCUCCUGGUGAGUCGUAACGCCUUUCCCCCCUUCGUUUUCUUCUUUUCUCUCUGUAACCUAUUAUACUUUGUUUCAUUUUUUUUACUGUAUCGUAGACUUAUGCUAUACCUGAUCGCAACAUAUUUUUCGUUAGUCACUAUUGACAAUCCGUAAACAAAAUGAUCUCUGUAAUUUUAAAAUUAAAAUAAUUUGAGAUGCAAAUAAAGAAGAAAACACACAUUAUAUACAGCCGA